AUGUCGACUAACCACAGUGAUCAGUUGUCGUGGUGGAAUACUCUCCCUCGAUCAUUAUUCCGCAAGCGGAGCACCAUCUUUCCUCAGCCACCAGUGGACUUCCAGCCACUUAUAGUUCCAUCUCACCCACGGCCGGAUUUGAUUGAUGUUGCAUCAGUAUUUCCUCCCCCACGCUCAUUCUCAUCUAUUUUAUCUGAACCUAUACACCGUGUCGACCUCGCAUUACUCGCACCAUCCAUCACUGUUCCAGAAACACCAGUUAAUGUGCCUGGUACCAUAGCAAUUACCCCCGUGGAGCCUGGAAUUCGGAUGCCACCAAUGCAGGCAGGAGGAAUAAUGAUGGGAGUAACGGUGAUUACAGAGCGAGAUGGAGUAUGGUUGGAGGAAGGAGUGUCGAUUGACGUUAUCGAAAAGAAGGAAAACGGAGUAUUUGACUAUCAGUCAAUUGUCCUGGGGCAGAGAAUCUGGAGGGAUGAUAGGAUUGUGGUCUUUUCAGGAAAAGCAAGUGGCAAGCAGAUCGUCGUUAUCGCCUCUACUCAUCGGGUCAACUCACCCUCUCCCAUGGGAUACGCUCUGUAUCAUAACUUUGGCGAGUACAUUCGUGCUCUUUUUAUUGCCGAUCGUGAACGAGAAGUAACAUCUACUGAGGAUGUGGAGGAAAUCACCAGGCGGGCAUUAGGAGGAGCAGGGGCUCAGAUAUUUCGUCGCUUUCGUCAUGCCUAA